AUGGGGCCCAUUCAGGACCCUUCGGUUUUUCCUUUCUCUUCUUCCUCUCUUCCUCUCCUCCUCCUCCUUCUUGUUUCCGCUCUAUCGACUCCAAUCCUCGCGGUAGACUCGUCCGGCUGGUCUGUGGUGCCGUCCAACAACUCCAGGGAUCUUUCGUGGGUAGGAAAAGCCAGAUUUCACCUGGAGAGCGCCCAGAUUCAGCUUCCGUCGGGCGUUAGCGUUACCCCGUUGACCACGGCCUUGGUCAAUCUCGAUCGGAGUGAACUGACGAACUUCAAUGUUACGGGUAACCUCGUGAAUGUGGACGAUACCAACGCCAUCUCAUUGAAUACGAGUGAUAUUGCCCUAAUCAGUUGCGACCAAUCCGCCUAUCCCGGAAAUUUAGAUGCAAGUGAGACCGUUCGCAACGUCAUUACAUCAUCGCACCGUGCAUCGGCGAUUCUUUUGUACAGUUCCGAGGUGCAUCACUGCAAUUACACCGCAGGUCCCAACGCCAACGGAUACAUCAACGUUUUUACGCUAGUGAAUCCCUCUCUCGCAAAGGUUGUCACCAAUCUCUCUCAUUCUUCUACGGGGAACGGUUCGACGAGCAUCAAACCCGACAUGUCAUUUACGAUGUCCGGCACGCCGCCCACCUCCGGGGAUUCCGGUGGGGCGACGGACAGCCCUAAUACUGGUAUCAUCACGGCGCUCUUUUUAGCCAUCAUCAUUACCGGCGCGGUCCGGGCUCAUCGUCACCCGGAACGGUACGGACCUCGAUAUACCGCGGGGCGGCCACGACAAAGUCGAACGAAGGGGAUGGCAAGGGCGAUGUUGGAUACGAUUCCGAUUGUGAAGUUCGGGAAUCAACAGGAUCCGAAGCUGGAUGCCGUCAAGGGUGAUGUGGAGAUGGGCUCUGAAGAUGAGACGGGCCGUCAGCCAGAUUCUACUCAAGAAACAACCACCGUGCACGAGACGAAUCCUCAGGCGACUCCUGCUUUGGCGGUGACGAACCAUACCACGACCGAGUCCACUACAGAACAACAAACCAAGCCGACGGAAUCCACGGAUCAUCCGAACUUUUCGUGCCCUAUCUGUACCGACGACUUCGUCAAGGGCCAGGAUCUGCGUGUCCUGCCCUGCAACCACCAAUUCCACCCGGAGUGUAUUGACCCUUGGCUGGUAAACGUAUCGGGUACAUGUCCUCUUUGCCGCAUCGACCUCAAUCCCGCCCAACCCGAAGGCGAGAAUGAAAACCAAGAAGGCGAAAACAACACGGAGGCACCACAAGAGGGCACCGCCGAACCAGCAGCAGAGGAAUCGCACCACCGACACCGCCGCCUAACCAGCUACCUGCACGGAACGCUGAACGCGCGCCGGAUGCGUGAAGCCACCGUCGAAGAGCGCCUGGCCGCGCUACGGAGCGUACGCGAAGAAAACCGCAACAGCAUCGAGAAUGAAGAAGAACAACAGCGACGUGGUCGACUCACGUCACGCCUGCGUGAUCGAUUCCGCAUUCGCACUCGACGCCACGGCGAUGAUGGCGAGCAGCAGCCAUCCGCAUCAACAUCUACCUAG